CUGUGGACAUGACAGUCUACCGGCGAGUGGGUGGAGAAAUUGUUAUAGCCGGGCAAGCUGCGAGCCAUCCCGUAAGGCCGCAAGUGAGGGUGGGUUGGAGGACAGGAGGAGGAUGGCACCACCGUCGCCGUCGCCGCGGGUGUGCGUGACCGGUGGCGGCGGAUUCAUCGCAUCGUGGCUCGUCAAGCUGCUCCUCUCCCGGGGCUACGCCGUCCACGCCACCGUCCGCGACCCAUGUGACCAGAAGAACGCGCAUCUGAUGCAGCUGGACGGGGCGGCGGAGAGCCUGAGCUUGUUCAAGGCCGACGUGCUCGACCGCGCCGCGCUCGCCGCCGCCGCCGCCGGUUGCCAAGGCGUCUUCCAUGUCGCCUCCCCUGUUCCCGCGGAUAAGACCGUCGACCCUGAGUCAGAAAUCAUGGUGCCUGCCGUGAAGGGCACCUUAAAUAUUCUUGAAGUUUGUUCAUCUCUGAAGGUUCAGAAGGUUGUGGUGGUGUCGUCCACUGCUGCUGUUCAUUCUAACCCCAACUGGCCUCAGGGUAAACCCAAAGACGAGAGUUGCUGGUCCGACAGAAAAAUAUGCAUGGAGAAGGAGGCCUGGUAUACUCUUGCUAAAACUGUUGCUGAAGAGACAGCUUGGGAGUAUGCAGAGAAGAAUGAGCUCAAUGUAGUUACUUUAUGUCCUUGUAUUGUUUUUGGGCCACAAUUGCAACCUGUUGUCAACACCACCAGUGAACUCCUCAUCUAUGUCAUAAAAGGAGGUCCUAAUGCGUUGAAUGACGCACCGUUGCAAAUAGUCGAUGUCCGUGAUGUGGCCGAUGCUUUGCUGCUGAUAUAUGAGACAUCAGAAUCAUCCGGGAGAUAUAUCUGUGCACCAAAUCACAUUAGCACAAAGGCUUUGCUGGAGCUGCUAAAGAAGACAUACCCUGACUACAACUACGUAAAAUGCAAGGCCGAUGCGCAUCACAACUCUCCUGUCACGCCGAUUUCGUCGGCAAAAUUGAGUAAUCUGGGCUGGAAGCCGAGGGCAUUGGAGGAGACGCUCCUGGACAGCAUCGAAUACUACCGGAAGACAGGAAUUCUGCAGGAUGUGGAGGGACAGACCUACCGCCUUCCUGAUAUUUUCCGCCAUUUUCAAGCUGCCGACUAAUGAGUGGAGGGUGGCAGUGGCCGGUGCUUUCUACAUAGGUCAUUGUGCUUGCGACUUGCUGAAUGUUUUCAAUCUCAAGGGCAGAUGAUAGGAGACCAGAGAGUGAACCUGUUCAUUGCCCACCGUAGAUAACUUUUCGGUUCAGGAUUGUAUCUCCCUAUUUUCUGCUAUGUUGUGUCGAGGUCUCA